AUGUCCUAAUUGGGCUUAUAAGAUUAUAGCUUGCCUAAUCUAUAGACUAAAAUAGAUGAAGAAUUCAUUGAUUUUGAGAGAAGUGUAAAGAAUUGGGCUAACUAAACUCGAGAAAGUGAAAUUAUGAUAUUGAUUCUAGGCAACAUGAAUGUAGAAAAAAAAUUUCCAUAAUUAAAAAAAUAAUUAUUUACACAAAAUUUGAUCAACUUUGUAAGCGGAGAUCUGUAAACCACUUACGAAAAAAUUAUUAAUUAUAAAAAUUAUGAUUUUCUAACAAAUUUUUUAAGAGACUUAGAUGAAAUAGGGGGAAAUGGAAGGGAGGAAAUGGAAAGAUCUAAAUUUAUAUUAAAACAGUAAAUGAAAGAUUUUAAUGAAUUUGAGUUUGAGUUUGAUGAUAAAAUCUUAACUUUGGAUGGAUUUAGAUUACCUUGUAAAAUAAAAGUCGAAUUACUCUUCUAUGAUAAUGAAAAGAAAUAAAUAUCUAAGAAACCUGGGUUGUAUUAUUUUAUAGUAAAUCAAUUAAAUUUUGAUCUGGAAGUAAUAUAGCAUUUAAUAGAAAUGCGUCAGCAAAAUCAAUAAAAUAGUUUAUCUAUCUUCAACUAAGCCUUCAGAGAAAUAUAUGAUCAUAUGAAUUUUGAGUAUAAAUGUUAUUAAGAGUAUUUUUUAGAGAAAUUUUAUAGCUAAAAAAGUACAUCAUGA